ACCACGCACACGCGUCACGAGUGAGUCAGGCGGCGUGCGCGGAGGCGGCCGCGCUGAUACUUCCGCGUUUCCCCUCGGCCUGCUUCUUGCUUUCGGGGGAAGAGAGAAAUACUGACCAUUUAACCGGGGAUUCAAAACUGCUUACGGCGGAUGCAUAACAAAUUGGAGCUGUAAUGCUAACGAGAGGAACGCGGACACCUGUUUCUUCUCUAGAAAUGGCUGCGUGUACGGAGGAGCCGUGAGUGGCGAUCGCGCAGCCCGUCAGUAUAUAAACAGCAACGCUGGACUGUUCGGACCAGAAGAAAGCAGCAUGUGAAAGUACUUUCUGGGUCAAGACAAUUGUUUUCUUUUUUCCUCCCUUUCUUGGCUCUUCUUAAAAUUGCCUUCCUGUAGAAAGUCAUGAGCGAACCGCGUCGGAGAGCCCAAGUGGCGCUGCGGAUCAUCACCCAGUUGCUGUGGCUCGCGGGAUUGUUGGUGGGCAUCAGCAGCGCCUACCUCCUCGUCAGGUAUAAAUACUGCUCGCUGUUCUUCCAGGAUGUCUUCCCCACCAUCCUCUUCCCCACCAUCCUGGCCAUCCUGGCUGCCAGUUUUCUGGUCCUCUCUGGAGUUGUUGGCUGCAGGGUGUCCAGCAAGGACUCCCCAUGUCUCCAGGGUAUCUUUGUGUACUUCCUCAUCAUCGUUUUCUGCCUGGUGGCGACAACAGCGGCUUUCGCCUACUCCAAGUCAGGGCAGGUUGAUUCAGAGCUGGCUCCUCUCCAGAGUGUCUUUGAGAGCUACAACGGCAGCAGCCAAGACCCUGCUGACCAUGCUGUGGAUUCACUCCAGAAGGAGCUGCGCUGCUGCGGGGUGCGGGGAUUCCAGGACUGGCUGGCGACUCCCUGGUUUAACCACAGCGGCUCCCUUCAGGUUCCUCUGAGCUGCUGCAACUCCACCUCCCACAACUGCAGCGGCAGCGUCCACCAGCCGGAGCUCCUGUACCCCCAGGGUUGCCAGGAGAAACUUAAAGAUGCUUUGACCUUUAUUCUGCAAGUAACCCUCAUCUCUGCUGCUGUGAUAGCUAUAAUUCAGGUGAUGGCUCUUGCCAGCGUGGUCCAGCUGAUGAAGGAAUACCCACUGCAAGAGUAUCGGAUCCUGGACCGAGACCCUUCCUCCUAGAGCAAGAACAGCCACCAGCAGCUCCGAAUGUCCACAGGAUCUCUGCUCUUCCAUCACACCUGAGCUCUGACCCUUGUUUUUCACGGACGUUCUCCUAGCAAGCCAUGUGAGGGCUUUGGCAGAGUGGAUCUCCAGGACUGGGACUGGCCUGUACCCUGCAGAACCAUGCAACACGCAGAGAACAGCAUCACACCGGACAAAAAGAUGUUGGUAUAUUUAAUUUACUACAGGUUUAUUUUGAUCUGUGGAUUUAAAAAAAUCUCACCCAUAAUGAGAUUUACAGAAAAACUUACUAUGUACAGAAUGGUCUUUUGCUACAGAGGUCAAUGUGGAUCUUUCUGUACAGCCCCACUGGUGGAGGGGGUGACCAGUUGAUAACGGCGUUUGAUGGCUGUUAUUUAAAAGUGCAUUAGAAGUGAUGGUCAGGCACCUUUCUUUCUGCCAUGUGUAGUGUACUUCUAGCAUUUCGCCUCGGUCACAAAAGGAAAACACUUGUAGCACUGAAGAGGAGCUCACCUGUUUCAGCAUGCUGCCUGGUUCCCAGUAAUCAGAAUUAAUUGGUAUGUGGAUUGUGGUUUUUAAAAUCUAAUGGAGAAUUUAAUAAAAGGUCCCAGAGAAAGGCAUGUGUAGCACUUUGCUGCUUGUUGUAAAGGUAUUUUGUAAUUAUGACAGCCUGUUAACCUUUUCUCAAACUUCUAGGUCUCCUUAAGUAAUAUUUUUUUUUCUCGGGUUUUAAGUACACUAAGCUGCUGCAUAAAAUUGCAUGACUGUGUUCCAUUUGUGGUUGCAGUGUUAGCUGUAGGACAGUGUCUUCUUACUUGCUUCCUCCUGGAAUAAACUCAACAUGCUGUGCAUAAAUAAUCGGGCAUUACAGUAGUUGGAGUAUUUAGUCGGAUUCCUACCUUCCUAAGGAGGGUGGCUUUUUAUUGCUUUCAGAAAAGGAAAUUCUCUGCUCAGGGAUGUUAGAGAAGUUGAAAGCAGUACUAAUACUGGUUUGACUUGAUUACCUUGGAAAGGGUUUAUCUGAUGGACCAAGUGUAUAGCUUUCAGAGGGAGAAGUGGAACCCUUAGGUUCACGCUGUACUUGCAGGAGAGAUUUCUCCAGAAAAUAAAUGAGGUUUGUGUUUUCCAGAAAUGAGAUGACGGCUACUAAAGCCGUUCAGUCCCAGUCCCAGCAUUAUCGAACGCCACGGUUUUUCUGGGACUUGUGGGUCGUCUUGAAUGUUCUUGUUUCAUUAUUUUUUUUUCUUUAUUUUCAGAUAGGAAAUUGCAUUGUAACCCUUUUGCCGAAUUGUUGAAUGAGUACUUGUAUUUUCCUGAUGAAAGGGUAAUGCUUGCGGAAAAAUGCACUUUUUGGCACUUAAUUAAAGUUAUCUAAUCCAGUACUAAAGGCACAGAA